AUGAAAGGAAUUUUUUCAUUAAGUGUUUUAAUAUCAACUACUUUUGCAUUAUCAGAGGUUGCAACAAUAAGGUCAACCACUAUAUCAACUUAUUCAUCAUGUUCUUCCACAGCUUCAAAUAUUCCAGUAUUACCAAAACUGUCUUCAGUAUUUUAUGGUAAUAGUUCAACAUCAUCUAUUCAAGCAGGCUCAGAGCAAACUACAUUUUAUAGUUCAAGUUCUAAAAAACAUCAAACGUCUUAUGAAUAUGAAACAGACUAUGAAACAGAUUUAUCUCAAGUUACUUAUACCACAUGUGAUUCAAACGGACAUUGUUAUGUCACUACUGAUUUAGAAAAAUUAACAACUUAUACAACCACUAUAAAUGGUAUUUUAACUGUUGUCACAACUUUGGUACCUGUUGAAUCAACCAUCGAGUCAGCAACUCCAACAUCAUCAGCAGCCGCCAAUCCAGGUCUGGUUACUUAUUCUUCACCAAUAAUUGCUACUUCAACUUCAACUUUAACUACAAUUAAAGGUUCAAUAAAGGUUUCACCAUCUGCUAAAGAAUCAUUUUCAAGCACUGUCGUAGCACCAGCUAAAUCAGCAUCUACUAAAGAUUCAUCUCCAAGCAGUAUUGCAGGACCAGCUAAAUCGGUUACUUUAUCAGCUAAUGGAAUUGAUUCAACAGUAACAGACGUUAAAUCAACAUUAUUAACAAUUACUACAUGCUCACAAGGUUCAUGUUCAAUUGCAGAAAAAACAACAGGUUAUAAAGUUUAUUCUUCAGAUAAUACUGUUUACACAACUUAUUGUCCAUUACCUUCACAAGAAUCUUCAUCAGUUGCACCAGUACCUUUAUCAUCAACUAACGGAGCAGGAUCAGAUCAUACUGAAUAUUCUACUAAAAUUAUCACAGUCACAUCAUGUAGUGAGAACAAAUGUUCUGAAGUAUCAAAAGAAACCACAGGUGUUAAGAUUAUUAGUAACAUCAAUACAGUUUAUACAACUUAUUGCCCAAUUAGUGAAAUUCCACAAUCAUCAUCUUCAGCUUCACUUGAACUAAAACCACAAGAAACAGUAAAAAGUUCACAACCUUCUGCAGCUUCAAUUAAAUCAGAGCCACAAGAAACAGUAAAAAAUACAAUUGCCGUAGAAUCUAAAGUUCCAGUCACAAUUAAUGUUAUUACUGAUAAUAUAGUGACUCAAACUCCAACUAUAGAACAAGUUUCUCAAGAAACUUCACAAGUUCAAUCAAGCUCAAAUACUGUUGAUUCUUAUAGUAUAACUACUUAUGAGGGUGGUGUUGCUCUUGCUGGAACUUUUGGUGCUGGUGGGUUUAUGGCAGCUUUGAUUUCAUUCUUAUUAUUCAUAUGA